GUUCUUGUUCCUUUCCCUGCAUUCAGUGCAGACGUUUCAGUAAAAAAAAAAAAAAAAUUAAGAUGGCGACUGUACAUCUGCGGAUCGGGGAUCUGGUUUGGGGGAAACUCGGACGCUAUCCGCCGUGGCCAGGAAAGAUUGUCAGUCCUCCAAAGGACUUGAAGAAGCCAAGAGGCAAGAAAUGCUUCUUUGUAAAAUUCUUCGGCACUGAAGAUCAUGCCUGGAUAAAGGUUGAACAGCUGAAGCCGUACCACCCCCACAAGGACGAGAUGAUCAAGAUCAACAAAGGCAAGCGCUUCCAGCAGGCCGUGGAUGCCGUGGAGGAGUACCUGAAGAAGGCCAAGGGAAAAGAGACAGCACACGGCUCAGACGACAAAAGCAAAUCGGAGAAGGGAAGAAAAGCCAACGCGAAGCCGAUGAAGAUCAUAGAAGAAGACGACGAGGACGCGUUCAAAGGCGGCUCCUCCGACAAGGAGCAAACUGACUCUGACCCAGAACCGUCCUCUGUGCAGCGGCUGGUGGCUGGAACAGUUGCAGGAUUCAAAUGGGAGAGCAGUCCAGUAAAGGAUGACCCACAUUUCCAUCACUUUCUGCUCAGCCAGUCUGAGAAGCCCGCCUCUUCGAUGGAGCCAAUCAGCAAGCGGUUGAAGAUUAUCGAAGAGGACGCCGGCUCUACGUCCAUUCAGGCUGCAGACAGCACGGCGCUCAACGGCAGCAUCACACCCACCGAUAAAAGGAUAGGGUUCCUCGGACUCGGACUGAUGGGCAGCGGAAUCGUCUCCAACCUGCUGAAGAUGGGCCACGUGGUGACCGUGUGGAAUCGCACAGCAGAGAAAUGCGACUUGUUCAUCCAGGAAGGAGCCCGGUUAGGACGGACGCCAGCCGAGGUGGUGUCCAUGUGUGACAUCACCUUCUCCUGCGUAUCAGACCCCAAAGCUGCCAGAGAUCUGGUUCUGGGUCCCAGCGGUGUGUUACAGGGAAUCAGACCCGGAAAGUGUUACGUGGAAAUGUCCACUGUGGAUCCCGAGACCAUUACAGAGCUCUCACAGGUGAUCACGUCCAGAGGAGGUCGCUUCCUGGAGGCUCCGGUUUCAGGCAGUCAGCAGCUGUCCAACGACGGCAUGUUGGUCAUCGUGGCAGCGGGAGAUCGGACUGUUUACGAAGACUGCAGCAGCUGCUUCCAGGCCAUGGGCAAAACCUCCUUCUUCUUAGGUGAAGCAGGCAACGCAGCGAGGAUGAUGCUAAUCCUCAACAUGGUGCAGGGCAGUUUCAUGGCCACCAUCGCAGAGGGACUGACCCUCGCUCAGGCCACUGGCCAAUCACAGCAGACCUUCCUGGACAUUCUGUGUCAGGGGCAGAUGGCCAGCACGUUCGUGGACCAGAAAUGCCAAAAUAUUUUGCAGGGCAACUUCAAACCAGAUUAUUACCUAAAACACAUCCAGAAAGAUUUAAGAUUAGCCAUUUCAAUGGGAGACUCUGUUAAUCACCCUACACCAAUGGCAGCCGCUGCAAACGAGGUGUAUAAGAGAGCGAAGGCGCUGGACCAGUCGGACAAUGACAUGUCUGCAGUCUACAGAGCUUAUAUUCACUAAUCCCUGAAGAUGUGCUCGAAAUUCUGGACCACAAUCUCCCUCUUUCUCCUUUUUCUUCCUUUCAUUGUGUGUGUGUUUCCACACGGCCUCUCAUCCUCUGAGUGUUACGCUGACCGAGUUAUGCUCUCCUCUGCAGGGGGAUUUUAUGAUGCAGGACGGAGCUCUGAGGCACGUGUGUGUGUGUGUGUGUGUGUGUGUGUGUGUGUGUGUGUGUGUGUGUGUGUGAUUCAGAUCCACUGUUUUUAUUUCAGGACGCACCGAUCCCUCUCUCGAUGACGAUACAGACUUCGCCGGUCAGAGCAUUAAUCAGUCCUGACCCUUACUCGUCCUUCAGUUUAGAAUCACGAACGCUUUUAUAAUUCUGCGUCUUCUGGGACAAUAUAAUAUUACACGUUAAAAACAAACUAAAAUCAGUGGAUCCUGAUCUCAGAAGAAAUCUAGUUUUAAUUUUUAAUCCAGCUGUUGGAUCUCGCUGCAUCUUAAACCUCAUCAGGAAACGUUAGAGAAGGUCUGGACCCCUUGGUUGUAGAUUCACAGAAAGAAAGAAAAUACCAACACUGGAGUGAUGGACACUUUAUUUUUGUUUCUCAGAGGAGUAAAGAAAAUCCUCAGGCUUUUAUUUCAGGUUAAAAUAAUGAGAGAUAUAUAUCAUUAUGUAUAAACGUUGAUUUUAUUUGCAUUUAUUCUGAAAUAAUCUGUUCUGCAGCGCCAUACAGUAAACCCAGCAGCACUUCUGUACCUUUAAAUGACUGUAUACACGCACACACACACACGCAUACAUACACACGCACACACACACUCACAUGCACUCACGCAUACAUGCACUCACAUGCACUCGCACGCAUACAUACACGCGCGCACACACACACACACUCACAUGCACUCACACGCAUACAUGCACUCACACGCACACACACGCAUACAUACACACACUCAAAUGCACUCACACGCAUACAUACACACACUCAUGCAUACAUACACACGCAUACAUACACACACACACACGCAUACAUACACACACACUCACAUGCACUCACACGCAUACAUGCACUCACACGCACACACGCAUACAUACACACACUCAAAUGCACUCACACACAUACAUGCAUACAUACACACGCAUACAUACACACACACACACACACUCACACGCAUACAUACACACGCAUACAUACACACACACACAUACACGCGCACACACACACACGCAUACAUACACUCACACACACUCACACGCAUACAUAUACACACACAUACACGCGCACACACACACACGCAUACAUACACUCACACGCAUACAUACACGCACACACUCACAUGCACUCACACGCAAAUCUCCAUCCUUGUGGUUGGUUAUGAACAGUAAGAGUGUGUUAGUGGUUUAAAAAGGUAAAGACCUGCUGCUGUGUUCAUGUGUGACUCUGUAAGCGGCGGCCAUUUUGAUUCCUCACUUGCUGAACUCUGGAAGUCAGGAGUGAGUUUAUUCCAAUGCAGCGUUAUUGAUGAUGAUGAUGAUGAUGAUGAUGAUGAUGAUCUCGGCGGUGUGUAUCGUGAGAUCGGAGCAGAAGCGGUGCGUCCUUUUGUUUUACCCCCAUGAUGUGUAGUUUUGUCAAAAGUCCCCCCCCCCCCCCCCGUCUGUCCCUUUAACUCGUCCUCGUCCAGAAGGGUGCAGGCUUACAGGAGCAUGAAGACGACGCCACUGCAUUGCCUUAAUAUCCUAAAAAACCCACAUAGAUGUAUUUAUUUAUUUUAAAUCUCUUGAGAAUCUCUCCAGACUUAAUGAUUUUGGCCCGGCAGUGAGGAAGAGGAGGAUGAGGAUGAGGUCCGAUCGGUCGAGGUGUUCGACUCUGCCUUAGAAAGAAAAUGUGAUUUUUUGAUUUUUUUUUUUUAAUUAUUAUAAUUAUUUUGAUUUUUUUUUAAAUUGUGAGGCUUGUAUUAAUCUCGUGUCUCGAUCCAGAUGGUUUCUUUAACAGCUGAUGAUUAUUUUUUGGAUCAGUUUUUCUGUUUUUUUCCAUGUUGCAGGCGUGUAAGCUAAACUCAGAGAUAUGAAGAAGACCUGGUUUAGUUCGAGGUUGUUGUUUUUUUUCAGUGUUGAAGUGAAGAGGUUUUUUUUUUUUAGUCGGAUCUCCGCUGAAGAGGUUUUUAUUUUUGUUUUUAUUUGUUUUGUUUUUUUUAUAGGUGAGGUCACUAAUCAUUUUUUUUGUUUUUGUUGUCUGAGACACUGGUCAUGUAUGAUUGAUUGAUUGAUUGAUUGAUUUUGGAGUUUGGUUUCAUCGGCGCCCGUUCAUCUUCACGGAAACGUCUCAUACUCUUUUAUCCGUAAAUUAUGAGUUCUGUUCUCUUUCCUUUUUUUCACGUUGUUGGUUUUAGAGUUUAGAGGGAAUGAGUGAGUGAAGGAGUGAGAGGGGGAACGAGAGAGGGAACGAAUGAGUGUGUGAGGGAAUGAGAGAGUGAGAGUGAGUCUAGAGUAUUAUUUUAAACCCCCGGUAAUGGAUGGAGUUUAUUAUUAAUGAGACUUUAACACUCGCUCUUCAGGUUCCUGUUUCCUCGGCUGUUCGUUUUCUUUCGUGUUGGUUCAUGUAACAGUUUCGUUGAUUUGUGACUGAUGGUCUUUCUGAACAAAAAUAAGAAAGCUGAUUCAACCUUUUUUUUCUGCGACAAAGGUGAUGGCAAAUUGGAGAAAUAUUUAUAAUUUCUUGUAAAUGUGAAAAUGUCACGUUUUAUUGUGCAGUCCACUGAAUCCUCCCAAUAAACAAACCAUUCUACAGUUUAAACCACGUGUGUGAGUGAGAUCCUGUUACAGAUUUUAUUCUAUCAGGAUUAAAAUGAACAGUAAAUCAGUUCAUUAAAGAGAAACUGAAUUAUUUAGGGAAUCAGGAUUAAAGCUCAAGAUUGAUUACACUAUAUUGCCAAAAGUUUUGGGAUGUCUGCCUUUAUAUUACAUUCAUGUGCAUGUAGAGUUGUCCCGCCCUUUGCAGCUAUAACAGCUUCAACUCUUCUGGGAAGGCUGUCCACAAGGUUUAGGAGUGUGUUUAUGGGAAUUUUUGAGCAUUCCUCUAGAAGCACAUUUGUGAGGUCAGGCACUGAUGUUGGAUGAGAAGGUCUGGCUCACAGUCUCCACUCUAAUUCAUCCCAAAGGUGUUCUAUGGGGUUGAGGUCAGGACUCUGUGCAGGCCAGUCAAGUUCCUCCACAUCAGACUCUGUCAUCCAUGUCUUUAUGGACCUUGCUUUGGUCACUGGUGUGCGGUCAUGAUGGAACAGGAAGGGGUCAUCCCCAAACUGUUCCCACAAAGCUGGGAGCAUGAAAUUGUCCAAAAUGUCUUGAUAUGCUGAAGCAUUAAGAGUUCCUUUCACUGGAUCUAAGGGGUCAAGCCCAGCUCCUGAACUCAAUGAUUUGGAGGGGUGUCCCAAAACUUUUGGCAAUAUAGUGUAAUAAUAUUAAGGAGGCUUCCACACUGUUGCUAAGCAACACACUAGAGUCUGAUUUAAACAUGAUGUUUUUUGAGGUAAAUAUAAACAAAUAGAUUAGUUUGUGAUGAAAGUGAUGUCAUUUGAGUAAAGCCCUGAGACAAGGGGAAAAAAGUCAACUCCUGAAACAUACAAGUACUUAUUAAUUUAUUUACACAAUUUAAAAUACACAAAUACAGUGGCAAUACAAAUGAGGAGGAAACAAAAAAAAUAAAAAUAAAAUAAAACCUUCCCAAGCAGGAAGAUUCCCAUCAUUCCAUCAGAUACAGCACAGUGUGGUGAUUGGGUGAUGAUGAAAUCAGUCAUAAGGAGGGAAAAAAAUAAACAAACAAAAAUAAAAA